GCUAGCAUACGAAAACAAUUUGAUUUAAAAAGUGUGGUUGCCUUAGAAAUAAACAUUUCAAAUAAUUUUAAUCGAAGGAAAAAAAUCGAAUUUUCUGUAAAGCGUGUGAUAAAAUAUUUGCGAAAUGAAAAUUGAAGAAGUGAAAAGUACUGUACGCACACAGCGUAUUGCCGCCCAUAGCCAUGUAAAGGGUUUAGGACUAAAUGCGGACGGUGUACCAAUACCAAUGGCUGCUGGUCUUGUUGGACAAAAGGCUGCACGCGAAGCAGCGGGAAUAGUAGUCGAUUUAAUCAAGUCGAAAAAGAUGGCAGGACGUGCUUUGUUGCUGGCUGGUCCUCCCGGUACUGGAAAAACAGCAAUUGCCUUAGCUAUUGCUCAGGAAUUAGGAAAUAAAGUGCCCUUUUGCCCAAUGGUUGGUUCCGAGGUUUUCAGUAGUGAAAUUAAAAAGACAGAAGUUCUUAUGGAGAAUUUUCGGCGGUCGAUUGGACUUCGAAUAAGGGAAACAAAAGAAGUUUACGAGGGAGAAGUUACGGAACUAACUCCCGUUGAAACUGAAAAUCCUAUGGGAGGUUACGGAAAGACUAUUAGUAAUGUUGUAAUUGGUUUGAAAACUGCUAAGGGUACGAAGCAAUUAAAACUUGAUCCCAGCAUUUUCGAGGCUUUACAAAAAGAAAAGGUCGAAGUAGGAGAUGUUAUUUACAUAGAAGCAAACAGCGGAGCUGUAAAACGGCAAGGACGCAGUGAUACUUUUGCUACGGAAUUUGACCUAGAAACUGAAGAAUAUGUUCCGUUGCCUAAAGGCGACGUCCAUAAAAAGAAAGAAGUUAUACAAGAUGUGACCCUUCACGAUCUCGACGUGGCUAAUGCCCGUCCUCAAGGGGGACAAGAUGUAUUGUCAAUGAUGGGUCAGCUCAUGAAGCCAAAAAAAACAGAAAUUACAGACAAGUUGCGAAUGGAAAUUAACAAAGUUGUCAAUAAGUACAUAGAUCAAGGUAUUGCCGAGUUAGUCCCAGGAGUCCUCUUUAUAGAUGAAAUACAUAUGCUUGAUCUUGAGACUUUUACUUACUUACACAAGUCCUUGGAAUCACCGAUUGCGCCAAUUGUAAUUUUCGCUACUAAUCGCGGCCGUUGUGUUAUACGUGGCACCACUGACAUUGUUUCUCCACAUGGCAUUCCCCUAGAUCUCUUGGACCGCCUUCUAAUCAUAAGAACAUUACCAUAUCAUUCAAGUGAAAUGGAACAAAUUAUUAAGUUGCGCGCACAGACCGAAGGACUGCAAUUGGAAGAUGCAGCUUUUGUCCGUCUCAGCGAGAUUGGCAGUGCGUCGACUUUGCGUUAUGCAGUACAACUUCUAACUCCAGCUCAUCAAAUGUGUAAAGUUAAUGGACGUACACAAAUUACUAAGGAUGACAUUGACGACGUACACGCACUAUUCUUAGAUGCAAAGCGGUCGUCGAAACAUCUUUCGGAGAAGAACAAUAAAUUCAUGAUGUAAAUUAUUACAUUUGUAAUUAAAUUUUUAAUAAAAUAUAAUUAAAAAGAA